AUGUCCAGCGAAGAGGAACAGAAGGCCAAGCGUAUCAAGCUGGAGGCCAAUCAGGCCCAGGAGUCCACAGAGAACCCUACUAACGCGGAAAAACCUGUUAGACAGGGUCUCCCCACUAUGACCGUUCCACAAAGCACAACACUACCUGUGGAACCUACGCCUUUGAGACCAGCAGCAGGAUCAGAAGAAUGGCACACGUGGCGCAAAAAGAACCAUAAGGAAGUGGAAAAGAGAAGGAGAGAGACGAUCAACCAGGGGAUAAAGGAGUUACAGGAAUUGCUACCAACGCAGGACCACAACAAGUCUCAGAUUCUAAAGCGUGCCGUAGAGUAUAUAAAGAGGCUGAAAGAGAACGAGGACUCCAACAUUGAGAAGUGGACCUUAGAAAAGCUUAUCACCGAUCAGGCUGUGAGCGAGCUUGCUAAUUCGAACGAGAAAUUGAAAGCAGAGCUGGAAAAGACGUACCGCGAAGCUGAGGGUUGGCGCAGAGCGUACAACUCCGUCCAGGAGGAGCUUGCCGAGUUGAAGAAGCAGCUGAGAAAAUAG